GGAGGCGUCGCAAACUCUGCCCAAACCCUCAAUUCUCUCAACCUACGUUACGGUCUGCAAUCUCGCGGGUAUAAGUAAUAACUCACCUACUACCAAUGACCGAGAUAAAUAAAGCUGGCUAUUCUGGAAAGUCAUCUGGGUUAGAGCUUGUGUUCCAGUCAACCACACCAAAACACCCACGUGUGGCAAAAAGGCGUCUACUUACUCCUGCGAGACGAGCGCAGAACCGAGCAUCCCAAGCAAGAUACAGACUGAAGCAACGACAACUCAGUGAAGAAGAAUCAGCAAGAACAGAGUCCAAAAUUGAUGACGAGUCAUCCGAUGUGGCCGCGCUACUUGACAACCAGCCUAAUGCAGCAGCCACCUUGAUACCUCCCCAAGAGUUAGAGCAACCAAAAGUCACUACUAUAUUUACCCAUCUCUUAUCCCCAUCCUUUCGACUUCUUGAGGCACAGAAUGAUGUUUUGCAGCACGUGGAAAAUACUCCACCCCAAGCUGAACCCUUCGUUUUACCAAGUACAAGAAGGCCGAAUGACACGACCGGUACCAGUCAGUGGGACUAUAAUGACAUGAUAGUCUACUUCUCCGUGUCGGAGAUACAAGAUUAUUCAUCUUCCAUACCGUCGACCAGCCAUAUUUUGACCGCGUCAACGCGCCUAGAUCAGACGGGGGUGGAUGGAAACCAUGAGGGGAGAGAACGGCAAACAAUAAUCCCACCGACGCCGUUCCUACUGAUCAACCAUAUCCGUUUACGUGAUAUGACAUUCUUAGCAGCCACUCUCGCAAUCGCAGCUUCAAUUGGCGUUACCUCUGAAGACUAUCUUAACGACAGACCCUCUCCCUUUUACACAUUCAGCAACGCCACCUCUGUACAAACCGCAGCGCACUAUUUCGAGCAAACUGUGAAGCCGCACCUUCGACCAAGCCUGACUCAACUCUCUCAGCUACAUGCUUCAUAUCUCGACUUGAUCAUCAUUCCUCAUUUCAGAGAGCGUGCGGUCACUUUCGCUACCAACGACCCUUGUCUACGAGAUCAGCAAGAAUUGUUCGAUGAUAUGAUAUCAGGUGGCUUGACCUGCUGGGGAAACGCUGACAAUGGCGUUGGCACCCGACGUAACGGAGUGCCUUGGGAUAUGAGAAGCUGA